CACCACAGCCUGCCCGCCUCGCCGCGCCUUCGGCGGCAGGGCAUGGAGCGAGCCGGGCAGAGGGACGCGGCAUUCGUAGAGGCCGCACCGCGCUCAGAUCGACGCGGUGCCGUCUCGCCCGACCGGGACAACUCCUCGCUCACCUCCUCCCCCGAGGGCCGCGGCAGCGGCGGCGGCGGUCGCGGCGGUGGCGGCGGCGGCAGCGUCGGUGGAGGCAGCGUCGGUGACGCAGGCAGCGGCGUGGGUGACGAGGGGAAACUGUCACCGGACAUCGAGGCGCUGGAGCGGUUCAUCGACAGCUGCGUGCUGCAGUAUCGCGUGGAGGGGACGCUGCGUGACGACGAGCAGCCCGACUCGGACUCGUCGCCCGUCGCCUCGCAGGGCUCUUCGGAUCGGAGCGACAAGCGGAGCACCCGGGCCUGGAAGGGUCAGCGAGGAGGCCGAGGUCGGAUUCAGCAGCGGUGGAUCAACAGCCCCCCGGUUCAACGUGGAAGUCCCUCCCCACGGCCCAGAGGAGGCCGUACAGGCCCCCAGCCCAAGCCUCGAGUCCAAGACCCUUCGUACGAUGUAUGGGCGGCGAAUACGAACCCUUACGACAGCGGCUGCAGCUGGGACGUGCAGCCAGACGUCCAGGAAACGUCGACCUCCCAACAUCAAAGCCUCUCGAAGCAUCCCAACCACACAGAGCACGGUGACAGCGAAUGCCAGAACGUGGGCGACGCGGAGGCUGCGAUCAAGGACGACUCGAGGGACGACGGAUCUUCCCAGGUCGUCGAUGGCGACUCUGCUACGCGGGCUGUGAACUCCGGCCAGGGCAGGAGACGUGAGCGCAGCUCCAGGAGGCUGUACUGCCCUCCGGGGGUCCGUGCCACCCAACAUCACGGGCACCACCAUCAACACCAGCCGAACCAUCACUAUCAGCAGCAGCAGCAACAACAACAGCAGGAUCAGCAACAGCAACCACAGCAGCAGCAGCAGCAGCACUACUCUCCGGACUCGCUUGCGCUGUUACGGAGAGGCGGCGGUAGACGGGACAGCUGGGGCAACCAGCACCAGGGCAGAGGAGGAGGCGGCGGCGGCGACGGCGGUGGCGCUAGGAACUACAGCCAUGCGCCAGCGGGCUCGCCGCGCAGGCGCCACGGCAAGAGGGGAACGGACGCGGGAAAGGGCGGCGACGGCGGCGGCGGCGGCACGGGCGGCCGGGCGGCGCUGGCGCCGACGAGCAACGGGCAGCUUGGCGGGGCCGGAGAAGGAGCGCACGGGAGCAGAGAGCGCGGAGCGGGCUGCGAGUGGACCGGCGGUAACGGCGCGAACGACAAGCGGGAUGAGGAGUCGGAGGAGGGGAAGAGGCCGGGUCCGGAGGGAGAGCAGUCGGUGCCACGGGGCGGCGGCGGUGGCGGCGGGGGUGGUGGCGGCGGGGGCUUCCCUGCUACCCAGGGUCCCUCCUCACGCGAUGUGGUCGCGGGGUCACGGCACGAGCAGCGGCCGAGGAUGGAGUUUGCUCCCAGCCCGGACGCCCCGCUGAGCAACAGCGUCGACAUGCUCUCGCAACUACUCGACGACAUGAAGAGCGGCGGCGGCGGCGCCGGUGCGGACGACGGGAGGCUGGAGCGCGUCGUGGGCGAGGCCUGGCGCCACGCGGAGGCGGACGAGGCGGCGCUGAGCGGCGUCGUGAGCACCCUGUUCGAGGGCGCCAUCGCCAACCGGAGCGUGGCGGCCGUCAUCGCCCGCCUGUGCAGCCGCAUGCUGGCGCUGGCGCCGCACGGGAACAAGUUCCGCGGGCUGCUGCUCAACGCGCUGCAGUGCGAGUACGGUCAGCGCGCCGACACGCGUCGCCGCGACGUGGAGCGCUGGCUGGGCUUCGUCACCUUCCUGUGCGAGGUGUACGGCACGAUGCGCAGCAGCGCGUCGGAGCCGUACCGCGUGCUGGCCAUCCCUGUCUACACCUGCCUGCAGGAGCUCCUCAAGGCCGAGGAGUUUAAGGAAGACGCCGUCCUCUGCUGCUGUUUGGAGCUGCAGAGCGUCGGGCGGCUGCUGGAGGAGCAGCUUCCGGGGGUCAUGACGGAGACGCUGGCGCUCGUGCGCGACAAGAUCCUGAGCCCGUCCGAGUCGGCGCUGAGCCGCUCGCUGCUCCUGGAGGUGGUGGAGCUGCACGCGACGCGGUGGAGCCGCCUGGCUCCGCACGCCUCGCGCUACUACACGCGCACGCUGCAGCAGCAGCUCACCACGUGAGGAGCGCCGCAGCGGCGAGCGACGAUGACGAUCGCCGCAGAUUGGCAUCGCUCGCCCAUACGCCUGUGUCGAUACACCCAGCUGCCAACGUUCGUCACGCAGGCACACUGCCGCACCCUAGCAAACGCGCGUGCACACGCGCACUCGGUUACCCGCACGUGCGUCGCUAACACGCACCACACACCCUGUCACCCACGCGACGCACACACUCUGCCGUGGCAACCCACACACACACCCUGGCACCACAUCCCACACGUACUCUGCCACCUCUGACCACGACACUGCCACCCUCGCACCACACACCCUGCCACUCAUUUACAAUUCACCCCUCACCACACACACUGCCACCCCUCGCACAUGAACUCGUGCGCCCACCCGCCCCCUAACUCUUCAUCCCUCUUUCUCUACCUCCCAUUGUUAACUGUCUCUUUCUAUCUCCACAUUUAUACAGAUAUUUCUCGCCGUUUCUCUAUGCAUAUAUCUCCAUAUCUCUUUCUAGGCGUUCGCUAACCUCACUUUGUCUGGAGUGUCUUUAGAUCAUCAUCGUAUUUGCUUUAUACGAAGACAAAAUGUGUUUUUGCGAGCACCCGUGAAAACUGGCACGGCACAGGAUGGAGUGGGUUGGCCAAUACUGCGCCUGGCCGCUUUUGACUCCCCAGUGCCGAUAUUUACACACACACACCACAGCGGGUACCCACUUAAGGUCGAGUCGACCUAGGCAAGGCCUAAAACCGGUUCAGAUAUUCUCCACUGUUAUUGGUUUUGAGCGGGUAAUGGAACUCGGGACGCUGGGUUGGUAGCGCAGCGCGCUAACCACUACGCACACACAGGCCAAACACACACACACUCACUAUUGGAACCUCAU